AGAAGUGUGUGUGUCCGAUGGGCCGAGUUAAACAGUACCGUAGUGCCACAACGUGCCCGAAGUUAAAGGUAUUUUAAUGCACUGUCUGCAGCCGAACAAAGGUGCCGCCAGUGGCGCGCUCUGUGGUUUUUUUUUUCUGCUUUCGCAGCUUCCCAGUUUCGCAUGUGUCGGUUAUUAACAGCGCUUUACGACUCGCCGCGGCUGUAAUGACGACGGGGGAGCAGACGCGAGUGUGCAGGUGCUCGUUCACGUGUCCCGCCGUCGGAAGGCAGCUGCGGCUCGUCUGAAGCGGCGACUUUUCAUCGUCCGAAGCGAGGAGACCGGACGGCGGCCGUGCGAGUCCGGAGCACGAGACAGCGGACGGGAGAAUCGAGGUCCACGCUCCGGCGCUCGAAAACACGACGACGCAGCUGCAGGUGCUAUCACUGCCUCUCUGCCUGUGCCUGGAAGGCAGGCAAGGAAGGUGCCAUGCUUCGGGCUCUUGAGGUGAUGCAUUGACCAUCCCGACACGGCUGUUGCCUAUGGCUGCCGCAGCCGUGAACCAUGCCGAGCCAACUGCAGAGCCGGCUUCCUCUGCAGCUUCGGCCACGGCAGUGUGUGCGCAGAACGGUGCCGGUGAGCCCCCACUGGACGUGGUGGACAUCUUUGUGGAUGGCUCCAGCGAGGUAUCGCUGCGAGAAGGUGCACUACGAGUGCUCCAGCACGUGCGCCCUUGCUGGGACCUGGCUUCUGUUCGAUUCAAGACGUUCACAGAUGGCAUCACAAACCAGCUGGUUGGCUGCUGGCAAGGCGGAGAAGAGCUUGGCGAGGAGGCGCUGCUGAUGCGCAUCUACGGCCAAAAGACAGAGCUCUUCAUCGACAGGUCGGCCGAGGUGCUCAACAUGCGCCUGCUGCAUGCGCAUGGCCUUGCGGCACCACUGCACUGUGCCUUCCGCAAUGGCCUCUGCUACGGGUUCAACCCUGGACGGGUGGGCGACACGCAGCUUGUCAGAGACCCGCACAUCUCCAGGCUGAUAGCACAGACGCUAGCACGCAUGCACUCUGUGAAGCUGCGCAAAGGAGGACAGGUGGCGCCCUCUCUUUUCCCCACUCUGCACAAGUACCUGCGCCUGGUGCCCACACGUUUUGAUGACAUCGAGAAGAACCUCAGGUUUGUGUCGUGCAUCCCAAGCAGAGCAGAGCUGGAGCUGGAGGUGUCCCUACUGGAGGAGCACCUGUCGGGCUUGGGCUCACCUGUUGUGUUUUGCCACAAUGACCUGCUCGUCAAGAACAUCAUCUACCAGGAGAAACAAGACAGAGUGAUCUUCAUUGACUUCGAAUAUGCCGACAACAACUACCAGGCAUUAGACAUUGGAAACCACUUUUGUGAAUUUGGAGGUGUGGAGCAUUUCGACAGCUCCCUCUAUCCAGACCGCAAGUUCCAGCUCGAUUGGCUGCAGCACUACCUGGAUGAGUGGCACAGGCUGGCAGGCCGUGGUGAGAGCGCCUCCACCCGCGAUGUUGAGGUCCUCUACAUCCAAGUGAAUAAGUUUGCCCUGGCCUCGUGCAUGCUCUGGUGCCUGUGGGCGCUCAUUCAGUCUGCGCAUUCCACCAUCAAGUUUGACUUCCUCCAGUUUGCCAUGGAGCGGCUUGACAUGUACAAGAGGCAUAAGGCCGAGUUCUUGGACAUGACCUUGCCACCCUCCUAGGAGUGGCCACCCAGGCGGAAGUGCCCACUGCCACCGAUGGAACUCACCCGCAACGCGACCUCCGGACCUACCUCGGCUACCGCAGGGAACGAGCACGAUCCAGUCUUGUUUGCGGCUGGCCGCCGUGCACCGCUGCUCGUCGAGGGUGCCUUCGCUCGGGGCUUGUGUAUGUUUGAACAGUUAGUUCACUGCGGAGGCAUUGUGUGUUUUCUUCAGUCUGCAGUGAUGAGCAAAGAGUGUAUCAGAUAUUUUUGCUACAUCUCAUUUGUAUUUUAAGUUUUCUCGCGUGAGUUGUCUUUCUUCAGACUGGCUUUUUCCAGUGCCUUACGCAAGCCACAUGCUGCGUGUCUUGCUACCGGCUAUGAGUACUUGUUUUACAAGAGACGAGAGAGACAUGUGGUGAAGCCAUGUAACUCUUCAACUAAGUGUCACGGCCUUCCACACUUUUGCGUGUUUGUUGCAGCUUUGUGAGUUUGUAGAGGCUGAUACCUCUUUUUGUUUGCACUUGAGCCAUUUUUGGCAGUCAGGCUGUCAGACUUACAGAAAAAAAUUGAACAGUCAACUUGUACUGCUGGGAGUCAGUCAUUUACUUUACUCGUGAUCGGUGCAGCAUGGUAAGAUGCUGGUCAGAGCUGUAGUUGCCUUUGAAUAGUCCUUCCGCGCAAUUAAAAGAAAUAAAAAAGCUUGGCAGUUUGACCUGUGCUAACUACUGCAGGAAAAACAAACAAAAUAUUAAGAUGUUUGUUUGAGAUCUCACAUUGAAGCAGUAUGGUGUCUUCGCCACCUGGUUAGUCAAGCGAAUGAGUCAGUGCAUGGGGAUUUGAAGACUCUUUUGGAGAAUUUUCUGUCAUGAGCAUGAAAAACAAAGUAAAUUCUUAACCCCCCCCAAUUUAAAGUUGCCUAUCUUAGAGGUGGCAAUGUCAGCUAACCAUAUUAUGUGGGGAAAAAAAGAUGUCUCUGUAAGAGAUGUCUUUGGAGCUAGCCAAAUUAUCUGGGGAAAAAAAUUGUCUUGAAUGUCAUAUGUCAAAGAAUAGGCUAUAUUCUUUUCUCACCCAUACUUCAGCAUAAAUUUAAAAGGCAAAGAGCUGGCAAUUUCAGGAUCUGGUCAGUCACUGGGCAGUUGAGCUGUUAGAUGUAUGUAAAUCUCUAUGAUAAUAUGCGAAGCCAUAUGUGCAGAGACAGCUGUUAUUGAUAACUGUGAUUUCCAGAGAUUUCUGUUUACAAGUGUUGCUUGGUGAGAAUAAUGUUACUGUGACCAAAGUUGUAAAACUGUACCUAUCCUACAUCGCAUCAUAUAUUCAGCAAUACGAGUUGCGUCAAAAUCUCAGGAGGCCCAUCUUUUUUUCCUUUUCUCCAAGAAAUGAUAGAAAUACUACCUCUGCUUAUUUCAGAAAAGCUAUGUACCACAUAUUUUGGUGUAUGAGAGUCGUCCAAAAAAUCGAUAACUUUUUUUUUUUUUAUGCAGCAAGUUGGACGCUGGUGCGCCUUGAAUAAACCUCGAUGAGCAUGUCCUGGGUACUACCGACAGAAAACUGCUUAGAUUGUAUGACUGUGUUACUUUGUUUUUACACAUGGUAAUGCACGCUGAUCAUGCUUUCUUUUUCUUUGCUUGGGUGAGACAGCCAAGUUUGAGGAGCAGCGAGCUUGUCAGGAAUUUAGUUCAAAUCUUUAAAGCUACAUUAUGGAGAUACAUUAGGUGUUAAAAACGCCACUUGCGCAUUUAGUGAGAAAAUGCAGCAAACACCAACACAGGAAUCCCAUAUUUCCAUUGGAGGCAAAACGCUUUAAGGAAGAUUGUCGAGGUGUUUAUCUAUCAGUUCUGUAAGUAUCACUGGGCACGAACUUUUUCUAGAAGUCAGCAUGAAAUCCAACUGGAGCUGAUGAGCUGAUGAAAGUUCCCAUAGCAGUGAAGCACUGUGCCCACUUGAUGCAGCUCAGCAGUAUUUGUGUGAAAGGAAAUGAAUUUUUCUAAUUUCUAGAUCAGUGCGAACAGUUUAUAAUUUUAAGUUAACAAGCUUUCUGGACAGACCUCGUAUAUAUUUCAGAACAUUUAAAGAGAAAAGGAAGUUGGAAUAAAAUAAAAUAAGCAUCUUGCAACUAUAUAACAAAACAUGAUGCUGGCAGGUAUUGUUACAGAACUACAGAAAAGAAAAAAAAACUAAUAAAACUAUAACAGAAUAUGACACUGCCAGGUGUUUUUGCAGAUCUACAAGAAUAAAAAACAAGAAAUGAAUUAGCUACGCCAAACUACGCUAAACUGUGACUGCAGAAAGUGAAAAAGCUUGCCUUAAAAACACUUGCACAAAUAUUGGCAGUGUGCAUGAGCUAUAUCUUUUUGUUGCCAAACUACUUCCUAAGACGCAGUUUAGCUUCUAUAGCCUACACGUGCCCUUUGUGCAGUUUCAGGUUGCCUGCAGCAUGUUAUCAGAGCAUUGCGAUGACAACUUAGAGUGAACACGCAUGCUGUCGAUGCACGCCGAUUGACGUAGCAGUGGUACCAGACGUGACAGACCAACCCUGUGGGCGAGAAAAACUUCCUUUAAUCUUCAUUUUGAUGUUUGCAUCAUUGUUAGACGCAUUCACUGGGUGGUCAGGAGAAAUUGUCGUUGUGGUACCGAACAUUCAGCACUGCUACAGUACAUGUUGGUGGGCAUUUUGUGGGGCAGAGAAGUAUACCAGCAGAAGCCACCAAUUGUAGAUACAGCUUCGUGCAUCAGUUGCGCAGUUCUUUGAAGCAGAAGCAUCUUCAUCGCACAAUGCCUUCCACUUCCAAAGCCGUGAUAUGCGCACUGCCUUGUCCAUGCUGUCUGCACUUUGGAUGCACUAAGUGAUAAAAGAACGUAGAACAAAAGCGAAAACCGCGUUGUGAAGGUGACUAUUUCUGUGUACUUUUGUAACGUUUAGAAGUUGUGUGUUGUUGUGUGUGGACCGUGUGCAGUGUUUUCACAAGAAAGACACAAUUUAAAUUUUGAUCUCUGCGUGUGAUACAGACUCAAGGAUGCAGAUCCUGUCACAACUUGGCACCACUGCCAGUACAUGAGCUUGUGUCAGUGACUGCAGUUUGUGCUUUGCUCUUCGACAAUUGCACUUUUCUUUUAAUCGGAGCUUUCGAGCUUGGCUGAUGAGUGGCUAAUGAGAACAUUAUCAUGUGCACUGUAACAUUGUAAAGACUUUGCGUCUGGAGUCAAUGUGAUUUCCUGAUGAUAAGCUUCUGGUGGCUGCAUUGGCCUUCUUUGAAAAUAUCAGUUGUAGUUGUUGUAUUGAUCAUUCUUGUUGUUAUAUUGUUCCUUUUAUAGAAUUUGUUAUGGUAAUGUCUUUUCUUGAUUCAUUUUUUUUUUCAUUACCACUGCUGAGCAUAACAGGCUAUUGCAGUUGUCUUUGGAAGGAAAACUGUGAGUUUGUGGAUUAUGGCAACAAUGCAUGCCACUUAGUGGAAAAAAUAGUAUUGGGUAUGUGCUCAGCUGUAAAUAGUUUAAUUCUUAGCUGUUAGAAGUUCUUUUCUUUUCAUCUUUUAUAUUUUGCUGAAAUGAAAAACUAUUUGCUAUUGGUUUGGUUCUAUGCUUUAGUUGCUGGAAACACAGAGGGCAUGUAAAAGGGUGGGACAAGCUGUGUGUGAUUUAUACAUUCCUUUACAUUGAAUAUUUGAUUGUGCGGCCCUCAUUGUCACUGCACUUCAGAGCCUGUUCUGAAUUGACUUAGACAAGUGCUUUAAACAAGGUUGCAGUAAAAACUAUUUUGUUAAAUGAAGCUUUUUUUUUUAAUGCUAGUGCUUUUUUCAUAUAAUACAUUGUUGAACGUACAAAGGUAGGGACAAGAUUUCACUAUUUAUAUUGGAAUUCAGUUCACUGCACCUCUUGAGGGCUGUCUACUUGAUCUACCACAAUCGGGAGAAAAGUUUGAACCUCUUUGAUACACUCAGAAUUUUUUAAGCGCGACAGAAUGCAUUUUGUGUAAAAAAAAAUUAAAUAAACAUGCAUGGUCCAAAUCGUGUUGUGUGAGCGGGGCAUUUUAAAUGUUCUGCACCGUUAAUGCACAAGCGGAAAAUUGUGCGCACUGUAAACGUGCAAACAUUGUUGUGCGUUGCUUUCGGGGCAGUAAUCUGGCACAGAAGCAAAUGCAAACAUGGUAGUGAAAAUUUGGGGGGAGCACAUUACAGUUUUAAUAUUUUUGUAAGUCACAAUUGUCAAGUGCAUUGACAUGACGAGCAACACCAAUGUCCCAACUCCAGCACAUAAAUUCCAAUGCAGUGACGCAUUGUGAUGGAUGGGCAUACCACCAUAAAAAUGAUAAAGCAUUGCUAAAAGUGGUUGAUCAGUAGUGCAGCAAUUAGUGAUUGACUCAGCCACAGGGUUUCCUGAAAGCAUUGCUGAAAGUAGUUGAUCAAUAGUGUAGCGAUUAGUUAUCGACCCAGCCGCAGGGUUUCCUGAAAGCUCAAAGAGUGUGCAUAUCGCCAAGUGAGAUUUUGCUGAUGCCAUUAUUUUUAUUAAUCUCCCGCACUUAACCUUUGGCCACGUGUGCUGAAUGGUAAAUGAACGAUGUCACAAAAGGGGUUUGUCCUUCUUUACGAAAAAGGAUGGGCUGUGAUCCUAGGUGUAGCAUGGUUCAGUCUUUUAUAAAAGUUUGUGGGCCUCAAAUUAUAACAAAAGGUAACUAUAUCGCGUCAUUCAUGUCAUCAGAAUGAGAUGUGAGCACGGUGUAUUGCUCAACAGGCUGUUCUGUCUACUCGGUGUGCUUUGAACAGAGUGUGUUAUUUAGUCAAGGAUAAUCAGCUGUGCAUGAAGGGGACUUGCUACUAUGUUGUGGAGUCUAUUAUGAUAACAAGAACAGAUACAUGUCAUGCUUUGUGCAUUCUUUGCAUAGAACAGAGCUUGCACGGUGUGUCUUAAAGAGGCUCUGAAACACCUUUUGUCAGCACAGCAGCUUUAUAAUCGCCUGAGUUGUUCCUUCUCCCCUUAUGCAUAUGCUCUGGAUGGCGCAAGAACAGACUUCAGUGCAGUACGAUGUGGUCUACUCUCCCAGUUAGUGCUUCAUUAUCGAUUAUACAAUGGGAAGGCCUGCAGACUACAUUUGUGUGCAUCCAAUUUAUGUGCUGCUCAAAUUGGUAGCAUUACCUGGUUUGCUGUGCUUUAUUUGUAUGCACGAAUCCCUCACGAUACACUUCCCAUUAAGUUAAGCAGCUGCCGUUGUAAUAGACUUAUGAUAAUGCAUGUGUGUUCCCUUUAAGAGUGGACAAUACUGUGCAUGCUACAAGCCAACGUAGUUGCACUCUCAAGUACAAACUGUGCAGCUUUUUUUUUCUUCUUUUUUUCCCCAUUGUACUGAAACCCUUGGGAGAUGUUAAGUAAUACGGGUACGUACGUGCGAUGGCUGUGUCCCCCACACCAAAUCAAAAGUUCCUUGAAUAGAUGAGUCCUAAAUCUCAAACCAGUUUCACAUGCUGUGAUGUUGCGCUGCAUUUCUCGCAGUUAUGCUUUUCUGCAAAUGUGAGCCUCGCAUUGCAGCUGCACGUGCACCAAUCUCGGUAGCUGCGAUUUUGCACAUUUGUGAGCACCCAGUGGGAGCCUGAAUUAUUCUUGGCAUAGGCUUGUUCAGUCCGCUUUGGUAAAAACAAAGUAAAGCAAAGCAGGAGCCGUUUUCGUAAAAAAGCUUUUCAUGUUUGAAACUCAUUACUUUACCAAAGCCAAAAAUAAGCAGGCAAGCCACAGUGGCACGUCUGAUGGUCCAUGUUGAUGGUUCCUGAUCCAUGCUGCAUGUGUGCAGAGGACCACGCCUGAUGGCACAUUCGUUGCACCAUUCAAUUCGCAGGUACAAAAUUGCAAGCAAGAUUACACCAUGUGAAACAGGCUUUACUUGUGUAUAAGCUGGAUCGGUAAGUUCACAGUGUGAAAGAAGACACCUUGGUGUGAUGGAAGCAACAAACUUGGCAUAGCCUUUUCAAGCCAUAGCCAUUGUCUUGCUUUCAUGUGGCUUGUACUUGCCAGCACUGUCAAUCCCAGUCUGUGUGUGUUCAUACAGUAGUUUUAUUUUAUGUAGAAAUAUAAGUUGAUCUUCACAAGAAAGCAUAUUGAAGAAAAUGUAUAUUUCUCCUAAUUGUCAUGGGAAAUAUUAGAAAACAUAUUGUGGCUAAUAUAUUACAUUGUCCUGUAUGGUAUUUAAUUCCUUUUAAAGGGAUUCAGAUAGUGGUGGCUUUUCUCUUCCCAAUUCAGCAGAAGUGGCAAACGAUUGAUAACUGAGACACGGGCAGGCGAUGGUGUUUCAGAGCAUCCUUUUAAGGUCUAGCUGUUAUUUUGCAAUAGCAAAGUUGUGCUCCACCGAGAUGCGUAAUGCCAGUUAUUGGAAGCCGUAAUAUACAAACGUCAAUUAAAGGUGGGAAGUUGCAUUUAUCACAACUGAAGCAUGUUUAUGGAGUGCAGAACUGCUGUGAAAGAAGUAGCUCAGCCCAAGAAACACCAAGGAGUGCUCCAGCAAGUGUGCAUAAUCUCAUUCAGCUAGUCACAAGUAUCAAGAAGCACCACGGAACUCGGCGGCAUUUUCUGGUCACUGAAGCCACCAACAUACAGCUUGCCUCUUUGAAGCAGCCUUGUUGGCACCAAAGUUUUCUUUUGUUUUUCCUGACAGUACUGGAGGCUAAUUAGACUGAUUAGAGUGAAGCACACACAUUUCAACACAGAACUCUGGCUUGUUCGAACCAGCGUAACUGUUUCAGUCAUAGGCAAGAGAACAGGACAGGCAUUUCCUUUAGUAGUUCAUGUUUAUCAUGCUGCUUCAUAAAAAGGAGCGACUCCAGGCUUUCUUUCUUUAUACAUAAACCAAACUCGCAAGGCAUCUCGCAUGUAACAGCACUCACAAUUGGACAACGUACAUAUAAUACGAAUAAAGGCAAUAGCUACACACACCCAUGGUCUUGCCACAAGUAACAUCUGCAUCGGAAAAGCUUUGCAGUCCUAAACUUUUGUUUGCCUCUUAGACUUGUCAAAGCAAAUAGAAAUAAAUGCACUGACUGUAAGAAAGCUCAGAUUGCAAAAGCGUGUCUGUUCUUUGGUUGAAAACCCAGCUGAACUAUUUUUGCCGAUUUAACCGUGAGCUGCCAAAAUCCCUGGAAGCUUGAAAUGCUCAGUUACACUUAAAUUUAGUCAAGAGAAGUUCGCAUUAACUAUAAUGGAGUAAGAUAGAAGCACAGGGCACUUUUGUUGAAACGCUGCCUAGCUGUUAACAUGAAGUUCUUCACAUGACUUCAGCAGACAUGCUUGGGUGUCAGUGUGCAGCAGUCAGUGUGUCAUUUAUGACAUCAGCUUGCACGGACCAUGUCCAUUGUCCACACAACCCUGGGGCAACCCUGACACAAUCAUAGUAAUGCUGCAGUGUUCGUAGGAACACUGCGACUGUUAAUGUCUUGCUUUGGUACUGCAGUGCCACUUGCCAUAGAAGUUAGCUGAUAGCUGAUCUAGUCAAUUCGGUUGAGUCUGCACAGAGCCAGUUUAGUAAAUGUUGUACGUCAUUCUUUGCACGGAAUAAAUUUCCCAAUAGGUUAAAAAUGGCAAGACCACAGUUUAGGGGACAGAGUAUGUCUAGCGACUGUUUGUUUUGCUCAAUCAUGGGAUGCAUUUAAACCUCGUUACAACAAGUCGCAUCCUGCAUGAAAAUACCUUCGUUACAUUAAUUCUGCAUUAUUAGCAUAUGUUCGUUACACAUUGAUAUCAGUGAGGAACAUUUUAGAUUUACUUCGUUAUAUCCAUGUUCAUUGUACUGGUUGUGUAUGUACGGCACAGAUAUCGGCACACCAAGGCGUCACAAGUGUAAUGAAUGGAGGAAACACAUGAAAAGCUUGAGACAGUCACAGUGUCAGGAUAUUCUGAAAUCUGUGCAUAUAUAUACAUGCUCCUUGUGAUUGAGUAAAAUUAGUGUUUGCUAGCUGUGCGUUCUUCCCGUGUUUUGUGCACCUAUUCUGCAUUUUUGUUGUCCAAGAAGCAGUGCUUUUCAGUCAUGCAUAUUUAUUAUAACUUUGAAAGAGAUUUAAAACAUGCUGCUGCUUUUGUUUUGCUCCAAUUACGCAACACGGUAGAAAUUUUAUCUGCAAUAUUGGCACCCUUGAUUGUCUUGUUCGCUCUGAGAAAAUGAAAAAAUAAAAAAACUUUUGUAUGCAUCCUUUGCCAUCCAAAAACCAGGCUUCUGAGGUGACUGAUUUUACUGCCAACUAAGUGUUUAGACAAACCAAGCGAGCAAAGAUACCAGGUGCUUUGUUGUGUGAUGCGGACCAAAAUAUACAUUCUUGCAUUGAAAUUUGCAACAAAAAGGUAAACAACAAUGCAGUGGUAAGUGCAAAAUCUUCCUUUAGAGUUGUUAGCUCUUUUAGCUGUUAUCCCUGCUAACAAAAAUGUAUCAAUGUUUUGAAACAUUGUUAGUGUGCACAUAAUAAACACUUGCAAGUGUUUGGCAUUGCAGUGGGGUGAUCAGUGCCAGCAUAAACUGCGCAUGUGCUGCGUUCGUUGUGAGGUCGAACUGGAAAUGAGAAAAUGAAUACUGGACAUCACAGAGAAGUCGUCGUGAUUCCGUUCAGUUAGAAAAUGAAUGGACACCUUUAUGCACUGUAUAUAUUUUUAAGGUUGCAAGAGGUGAGCAUUUUGUAUAUGGUGUCAGUUUCAUUAUGGUUGUACCGAUAGACUGCAGCAGCCAGAAUAAUUUGGGCACAUGGGCUGUUUACAGGGUUGUGUGAAAUGUGGACAUGAUCCAUCACUGGUUGCUGCUGGUCAGCAAUAGCACAUUUGCAAAACACUACUAAGAACCUGUUCAGCGACACCAAAGCUGGUUUGGUCUUCUUUAGGCAUGCUUCGAGAAAGAGCACAUUAGGAUUGCUGGCUAGAAGCAAACACGUGUAUGUACACAUGUACACAAAACAUAUACGCACAGCACACGUGCGCAUUGCGGUGUGAAUGUACAGCGCAUAAAUACUUUCUGGCCAAAGAAGUUUGAGUGCGUUCUUGUUGUUCUGCCGUUUUGAGCCCUGCUGUCCAUUUUGUUAGGCCUCUGUGCAUUUGCCUGACCGUCUCCCAGAUAUUUUUCUGCACAAGUGCACAAUAAAAUGUGUACAUAAGCCUAGCCAUAUUUUUUUCUUUCUAAAGCUAAGCAUGUCUGGCCACGUGCAGUGCAUGGCUUUGGGUCUGUGCUCUAGCCCAAAUGACAUCUCAGACCAGGCCCAGAAGGGUCUAGCCAUUCUUUGAUGACUGGUGGCCAACGUCAGCCGCUACACAAACAGCCAAAAUGUAAAUGUUGGUUUCAUCUCCUCACAUACUGAGCGUUCCAAUUAAAUCUGACAUGCACUGCGCUUUGAUGAAAUGCACUGCAGUAUGAUGAAAUAAAAAAACAAAGCUUAUGAAGCACUGGAGACGCCGGAAAAGGCUGAAUUUUCUUGCACCCAACACAUGCAGCUUAGAUUAAAAAUUGUGGGUGCCUUUACACCUGUGGCUUAGAUGCAAGAAAGUGCAGUACCUUCUUAGUUCCUGUGGUCUGUGAACUGUCAUCCCAUCCUCACAAGAAAUGAAUGCAUCUUUUGGAAUGCAAAAUCAAGACUCGCUAGACCAAAGGUCUCGAUUGUGUAACCUCAUUGUUGACUAAUGCCUCAGGAACACUGUGGCAUUGUAGAAAGACAUGUUGUCCAACUUGAAAUAUUUUGGAGCAGUGUUGUCUGUUGCAAGGCAUGUCGUUUGAGCCGAUGCUGCUGUGCAGGGUGAUCUUGUAAGUGAAGCGCAAGAAGUGAUGUUUCACAGUUAUUUCUUGCACUUCCUUCAUGCUGCACUUUUGACAAGUUCUGUACACUAAUUGUGAAUAUUUUCUGGAAUGGUUACUUCACUUUACUGCUACUGAUGGCUGAGAGGAGCCAAGCAGGCUUUGUGUGACAGCGAGCCGUUUUUGUGAUGACCCCUCUGUCCUCUCUACUGAGGCCUGUGGGCUGCCUGUUGUGUACAUGGGUUCUUAUUGACAGCAUUAAACACAUUCAAGCAAACACUGAA